GCCUGUGUAUGAACACCGUGUUGCAGAAGGGUAGAGACCACCCGCAACAACAAUUUCUCCUCCUAUUUAAUCGCUGUCUGCUACAACUACUAUAUACAUACUAAGGAAAACAACCAAAAUAGUGAAAGAUGGAUUCCGAAGCUCCGAUUCAUGUGCUCAUGGUGUCCUACCCAGGACAAGGUCACGUAAACCCUUUCCUUAGACUUGCUAAGUUCCUUGCUGCUAAGGGCUUAUUUGUAACCUUCUCCACCACAGAACUAGCUGGCAAACAAAUGCGAACUGCAAACAACAUCACUCACAAAUCAGUCAUUCCAAUCGCCGAUGGGUUUCUCAAGUUCGAGUUCUUUGAAGAUGGUGGCAUGACGGACAGUGAUGGUGAUGGUUCCAAGAUAAAAACUCUCAGUGACUUCAGUGUUCAGGUUGAGCAUUUUGGGAGGCAAUAUGUUUCCCAGGUGAUCAAGGAGCAUGCGGAGGCACACCAUCCAAUUUCAUGCAUCAUAAACAACCCCUUUGUUCCAUGGGUUUGUGAUGUAGCCGCUGAUCAUGGUAUUCCUUCUGCCAUGUUAUGGGUUCAAUCUGCUGCUGUCCUCACUGCUUACUACAGUUAUUUCCACAAACUGGUACCUUUUCCUUCUCAUGCUAAUCCUUAUCUUGAUGUUCAAUUGCCUUCUGUUCUCCUUAAGUACAACGAAGUUCCAGACUUUCUGCAUCCUUUUACCCCAUAUCCAGCUCUAGGGACAGUUAUAUUGGAACAAUUUAAGAACUUGUCCAAGCCAUUCUGUGUGCUGGUGGAUAGUUUUGAGGAACUAGAGAGUGAUUACAUAAACUAUCUUUCAGAGUUUGUGAACAUAAGACCCAUUGGUCCUUUGUUUAAGAUCCCAACAACAACAGACACAAGUGAGAUUCGUGGUGAUUUCUUAAAGAGCGAUGAUUGCAUAGGGUGGUUGAACUCAAGGGCAGCGGCAUCUGUGGUGUAUAUCUCCUUUGGGAGUAUUGUGUGUCUGCCGCAAGAACAAGUGACGGAAAUAGCGCAUGGAUUAUUGGAGUCUGAAGUUUCGUUUCUGUGGGUUCUGAAACCACCGGCUAAGGAGUUUGGACUUCCACCUUACUUUCUUCCUGGUGGGUUCUUGGAGGAGACAAGAGAGAAGGGAAAAGUAGUGCAGUGGAGCCCACAAGAGGAAGUGUUGGGUCAUGGUUCGGUGGCAUGUUUUGUGACACAUUGUGGUUGGAAUUCUUCAAUGGAAGGUGUGACAUUGGGAGUGCCGAUGUUGACAUUUCCGGCAUGGGGUGACCAGGUGACAAAUGCAAAGUUCUUGGUGGAUGUUUAUGGUGUGGCCAUUAAACUGGGUUAUGGGCAGGCGGAGAAGAAACUUGUGAGCAGAGAGGAGGUGAAGGAGCGGUUAUUGGAAGCAACGGUGGGGCCAAAAGCAGAGGAGUUAAAGCAAAAGGCGUUGAAGUGGAAGAAGGCCGCAGAGGCUGCAGUGGCUGCAAAUGGUUCCUCUGCCAGGAAUCUUGAUGCAUUUCUGAAAGACAUAAAAAAGCAUGGAGCUGUUAAAUCUAUCAAUGAUGUUUCUUCGUGAAAAUAGUAGUAUUGUGGGGUGGAAUGGAUAAAUAAAUGAUUAAUGAAUGCAAAAGUUAAUCAACUGGGCUCACUCUUCCUACUCACCACGCACACUGUCUUUCCAUUUGCGCCUACGUGAUUGUUUGGGAACAAUCAAAUGGAAUUUCCUUAAAUUAUAUUUCUGCAAAGUAGUUCUUUUAAAUCCUUUU